ACGCGCCCGUGAAAGACAGUGGGGGUGGCAAAUGGCAAUACCUCAUCUCUUCCGUUCAUGCCACCGACCUUGAAAUCACACCUACAGAGGGGGAAAAAAGAACAAACUGGGAGAAACUCUCUCGCCUCACCAUCUAUGGUUGGGCCUUAAACGACAACCAAAGAUGGCCGUUUCCCUGAAUUCAGUUGUUGGUUUCAACUCAAAGUUGCAAUCUAGGCACCAGAAUACAUCGAGGUCUUAUGUGGGAUUUUUGGCACCAAAGGCAGCUCAAUUUACAUCUCCCUUCGUAAUGUUUGGUUCAAGGAAUUUUAUGAAGGAAAAUAAGUGGGGAUUUUGCCUCUCAGUUGCAAAUAGUGAUCAGCUUGCAUCAGACAUGAGUGAUAAGGGUAGUGGAAAUUCUGGAACAUCACUAUCUGAUAAUCAGUUUUCAGCACCAAAUUCCCCCUCACCGGAUUCUCCAGGAGGAAUUAAUGAGUUUCAAAAUACAGAAGACGAUGAAUCAAGGUCUCAAGUAUCUGGGAAUUCUAAUGGUUCAGUGCUUUCUUCACCUAUUAAGCAGGAGACACCAUCGUCUCCCAACAUGCGAUCCACACCAAAAAGAGCGUCUCUAACAGCAAGAGAGAGGCUAAAAGCAGCCCGUGUUCUUAAUCGUUAUACAGAUUUUAAGUCAUCAAAACCAGAAAUGGGUAGGAAAUUAUUGGAUGCUCUGAAAGAAAGUGAUAAGGGAAAGAAAAGAUCUCGCCUUCCUGAGGCCCCUACAAACUUGUUUGAUGACAGAGACCGGGGCAUGCCUAAGCAGGGUCUUACUUUUCAGUUUCCUGGGGGCGCUGAUCUCUUCUUCAUAGCCUUUUCUUUUGUCUUUAUCAGCACUGUAAUGUUUGCUACAACUUACAUCGUCUGGAAGGUCGGUGCUAUCCAUUUUAACGAGUACUAGUGUGGUGCUCAUACCUCAUGGAAAGUCAUAGACCAUUUUGAUUCACUUUAGACUCUCUUCUUUGCAUGUCUAGGAUUUUAAGCUCUUGUACACCAUAUAUAUUGAUGAUUGCAGAAAUUUUUUUCGACAAUUAUGCGCAAAGCAACUGAUACAACUUGUGGUGGUCAUGUAAAUCACAUCAUUUUCAUUUCUUUGUUAAUUAUGUGAUAAACUUACGACUAUAAUGUGAAUUGGGAUAUACUGAUCUUCCGCAGGAA